AUGCUGACACUCUUGUAUAGCCCAACAAAUUUUGCCAGUCAAAAGGGCAACCCACAGAGCGAAGACUGCCUGAAGCUCAAUGUUUGGUCAAAGGCCACCGGGUCUACGAGGAAACCAGUUCUGAUCUGGUUUCACGGAGGCCGUAUGGUAACCCUUGAUUCACUGGGCCUCGCAUUGAUCUCUGAUAUUCCCAUGUUUGUAGGAUUCAUCGGCGGAAGCACGAACAAUCCUUUUUACCAAGGCCAGUACAUGACCGACAAAGAAGAUGUCAUCAUUGUCACCGUUAACUAUCGACUCAAUAUAUUUGGUUUCGCCGGAGCACCUGGCCUGCCUCAAAACGUCGGUCUGCUCGACCAGCGCCUUGCUGUGGAAUGGGUUCGAGACAAUAUCGCUGCAUUUGGCGGCGAUCCAGAUCGAAUUACCAUCUUUGGCCACUCUGCAGGAGGCGUGGCUGUUGACUACUAUACAUAUGCUUGGAAGCAAGAUCCCAUCGUCAGUGGCGUCAUUUCUAUGGCAGGGACAGCGUUGAGUAUGGCCCCGAAUACCCCAGCGGAGUCCACCAAAUAUUGGAAUGCUGCCGUUACAGCGCUCGGAUGCCAGGACUCUAGUGAUACAGUUGCCUGUGUCAGGUCCAAGCCGUUUUCAGAGCUUUCUGCUGCAGUGUUGAAGGUUCCGCCGGAGCCCAGCAAGGCACUCCCACAGCCAGUUUUCCACCCAACAAUUGAUGAGAAGGUGGUGUUUUCGAAUUACGAAGAGCUUUCAGCCCGGGGAGAGUUUGCCAGAGUGCCUUACCUCGUCGGCAGCGGUGACUACGAAGCCGGAUAUUACAAAGUAUCCGCACACGGAGCAGGCAAACGUCUAACCGACGACCAAUGGAACAAAUUUAAUCUCGCCGCGUUUACAUGCUCUUCGGCCCGUGCGGCGCACAAUCGCGCAACCCACGGUGUUCCCGUCUGGAGAUAUCGCUACUUUGGCCAAUGGCCAAACACCGCAUUGUACCCGGGCAGUGGAGCAUACCAUGGCACCGAUGUGGCCCAAGUUUUCGGCACCGCCGCAGAUGCCAGCGGCGCGCCAAACACGGAUGCCGAAAAUCAGGUAUCUUCGCUCAUGUCGCAUGCCUGGGCGGCGUUUGCGGCCAACCCUGCGUCUGGACUGUCUGAGCUUGGAUGGCCACAGUAUUCUUCUUCUGGUGAGUCAAAGCCCCACGAACAUGCGCCCCGUUGCUGUGAUGUUUGA